AUGAAAGGAAACAUCUCAAAAAACACUAGAAUUAUUCAAACGUUGGAUGCUGUAUUGAGUUUAUGUCAACAAAUUGGAAAGAAGACAGGAAUUCAUUCUCAUAUAAUGAUGAAUGCAGCUGGAUUUCAAUACACAAACGUUGCUGAUACAGCAUAUUGUGAGCAUUGUCACCUUGAAGUUUCUCAUUGGACAGCAACAAUGCAACCUUUUUCGAUACAUGCUGAACGUGCUCCACAGUGCCCCUUCGUUGUUGCUGUUAAACAAUCGGAUAAGAGCUCUUUCGCCAUGUCAUUGUCUUUCUCAACUUUUACCACUUCAAAUCUAACAACAUCCGACGGCGCCGAGGAGGGACAGCCAGUCAAACGUCAGAAGAUCGAAAAGACCACUAUAAGUAGUGGUCCAUUGAGUUUAAAAGAAACGAAUAGCCUUCGAUGCGCACGUCGUAGAACAUUUUCACAUUGGCCUCAUCAAAGAUCACCAUCAGCAAUACAAAUGAUUGAAGCAGGCUUUUUCUGCUGCAAUGUUGGCGAUCGAGUCAUCUAUAAUGAUUUUGUCUCGGAUUGUGAUCUUUUCGUUGCUUGUCUCAUUCUUCAAAAUCAGAUUGAAUAUAUUAAUGGUAAGAAGGAAAACAUAAUAAUUCCAAGCUUAGAAAUACGCAAAAUACGUGAACGACAACAACAACAACAUCAACCUGGUAUUGUAUACUAUCCUAUCAAUCUUUGCUAUUACUUGAAGACCGAUUUUCGUAUAGGAAAUCCUGACAUAUCGUCUAGUGCAACUAUUUCUUCAAACGUUUCAAAUAUUGAAACAGUAGGCCUAUCAUCCUCAUCGAAUUCUAGGAAAACUACUGAAGCACCAAUGCCAACAGUUAGUCAGCAAGCUCAUUCAACCAAUACAUCCUCAACAAAUCAAGUUCCUCAACCAAACCCACCACUCGAUUCAACAAUACCUAAUGCAUGCGUACUCUGUCGUCGUGAAGAAAAACGUCUUGCAUGCAUUCCAUGUGGUCAUCUGGUCGUAUGCGUUUCUUGCGGAAACUCUAUUCGAUCAUGCCCAGCAUGUAGACAAGAGAUAGAAGCUUUUGUUCGUAUCUAUAUUUAA